ACGGAAUUUUCAUGACAUCCAUGAAUUACCGUAGAAGAAGAUAACAUUAGGAAAGCCAAGAAAGAGAGAAGAAUUAUUUAAACGAGACAACAGGCCAGUAAACAAAACCGAAAAUCAUAACAUCGAAAACUGCCUGGAGGAACAACUUGUCUAUGCAAGUUUAUUAAUCUACAAAAUCGCUUUGCAACGACGAAGAAAACCCGUAGUAGAUUGAAGUUCGUGCGUAACUUUCUGUUUUUUUUAUCGUUAACUACAGGAUACAAGAGAAAAUUUAUACCAUUGGACAAAAGGCGAUGGAAUAAAAUAAUACCUCGUGUUGGAUGAGAUAUGAGUUUUAAAAAGACUUGAUGAGUUCUGUGGCUUCACUAGUAUUACUUUGAAGUCAUCUUAACAUCACACGCAACGCAGCCACGGAAAAAAAAGAAAAACUGCAGUCUGGAGACCUUCCGCCAACAAAAACUUCAACUUUCAUCCAAACAAGUGAACAGACAUGGAAAUGAAAAGGAAGACAAGAACACUUUUUCUGCGAGUUGCCAUGUUAAUAGUGUACCUCACAUCGGGUGCGGCGAUAUUUUCGGUACUAGAGCACGAUGGGCAAUCAACUGGUGCCCACUUUGCAAAGAAAAUCGAUCAGUUAAAGGAGAAUAUGACGCAAAGAUUUAACCAAACCAUGGAUGUCAUAGACCUAUAUAUUGCGGAGCUUCGUUUUCUGUUUGAAAAGGCGCACAGAUGCAAGUACAGUCACAACGACUGGAGUUAUUAUCAGUCAUUGUACUUCGUUGGAAGUGUAACAACUACAAUUGGAUAUGGACACCUGGCACCCAAAACACAAGAAGGUCGACUGUUUCUAAUCUUUUUCGCUCUCUUUGGCAUUCCAUUGAAUCUACUGACCCUACAAUCCAUUGGUGAACACAUCAAUUAUGGCAUUCAUCUGCUGAUUAAAUACUUCGAAAAGGCUGCGUUUGAGCGAGAAUUACCAACACAAGAGCAUAUUAAAUGCUUUGCCAUAAAUACCCUUCUCAUUACGCUCUGGAUUCCUCUUGGUGGAAUCAUGUAUUACUACUCUGAGCGAGAAUUCGGCUGGACUUACCUAGACUGCGUUUAUUAUUGUUUCGUCGCGCUAAGCACGAUUGGCUUCGGGGAUCUGGUACCGAAUGAAGGUAAAGAGCCAGACUCGCCUUACGAACGAGGCAUGUGGAUAGUACGUGUAAUGUACUUGGCCCUAGGCCUCUCGCUGUUAUCAAGUGUUUUCACUUCCGUUUUGAGCGCAGCGAAGGAAAUCCAAAGUGUAAUACCAUGUAAACGAGGAACGUAUCAGCUGAAUACAACAAAGUCGCACACAGAACUGAGAGAGAUUUUCAAAUUUUCAAAGGAUUAUUCUUCAACUGCAGGGGUGGAAAAUCAAACAUCGUCAAACCUUGGAAGAGAUUUCAAGUUCGAAAGAGAUAGGCCUUCUAUAAAGUCCUACUGCAAUUCUACCAUAAGCACAAGCAUCGAAGAACUGAAUUUCCCUGAUAAUUACGACAGCAAAGAACGUCCGAAUACAGUUGAACAUAGAAACGAAACGGAAACUUGGUCGUGUGAAGAUAGAUCCGGCAAAGAAAAUGGCGAUAAGUUAGGGAAAAAAACAAGUGAGAAUAUGAAAUAGAGAAAAUAAUGAGAUAACGAACACUUGACCCCCUAGGCGGGUGUAAAGUACUUCAA